AUGGCUCCAUAUGAGGCACUGUAUGGACGGCGGUGUAGGACGCCACUGUGUUGGAACCAGGAUGGGGAAUCAUUGGUGUUGGGUCCCGAGUUUUUACAGCAAACCUCUGAGAAGGUUAGGGCCAUCCAGGAGAGAAUGAGGGCUACACAGAGUAGACAAAAGUCCUAUGCAGACAAGAGGAGACGACCUCUAGAGUUCGAGGCUGGGGAUCAUGUAUUCCUCAGGGUAACGCCGACAGCUGGUAUUGGGAGGGCAAUCAAAUCGAGGAAGUUAACCCCGAGGUUUGUUGGGCCUUAUCAGAUUCUGAGGAGAAUUGGAGUUGCAGCGUAUGAGAUCGCCUUACCACCACACCUGACGAAUCUGCAUAACGUGUUUCACGUUUCCCAGUUGAGAAAAUAUGUUGCAGAUCCGUCGCACGUACUAGAGUUGGAUGACAUUCAGAUUCGGGAGGAUUUGACGGUGAACACUGGGCCAGUGCGAAUUCUGGAUUCACAGGUGAAGCGGCUGCGGGGGAAGGAGAUUAAGACUGUGAAAGUGUUGUGGGAUGAGACUACCCAGGAGAUGACCUGGGAGAUGGAGGAUCGCAUGAAGCAAUCCUAUCCGUACUUAUUUCCUGGGAAGUUUUAUUUUCGAGGACAAAAAUCUUAA